GUUCUUCCUCUUCCUCUUUUCUCCUCUCUUCUUCUCCCUUUCCUUCCCAUCCCAUCUUCUCGAGGAAAAAUCAGUCUCUUUCUCAAGACCACCACCCAUCAUCACAAUGGCCUCCUCCCGUGUCUUCGCCUCUCGCCUGGCUUCCACCAUGGCUGCUACCUCCAAGGUGGCUCGCCCCGCCGCUCGCGUUCAGCUCAACGCUGUCGCUCCCAAGCGCACCUUCACCACCCAGAAGAAGAUCAACAUGACCCCCUUCCAGACCGUCAAGCGUCAGUCUCCUUCCGGCCUCAUCCAGGCCAACGCCCGCCAGGCUUUCGCCGCCCAGGGCCGCCGUCAGUACUCCUCUGAGAUCGCCGACGCCAUGGUCCAGGUCUCCCAGAACCUGGGUAUGGGUUCCGCUGCCAUCGGUCUCGGUGGUGCCGGUAUCGGUAUCGGUCUCGUCUUCGGCUCCCUCCUCCUCGCCGUCUCCCGCAACCCUGCCCUCCGUGGUCAGCUCUUCUCCUACGCCAUUCUUGGUUUCGCCUUCGUCGAGGCCAUUGGUCUGUUCGACCUGAUGGUUGCCAUGAUGUGCAAAGCUUUUGCUUUAUACGACCUGGAAAGGCCGACCGUCACGACCAUCCAGAGUCUGUUUAACAAGUGCACCAUCUAUAUUGCGAUGGGUGCCGAGGCAGCCGGCUGGCUUCAUCAAGGCAUGGCCAGCCGCUUGGCGCAGGAUAUUGGACUGAACCUGGAUUCGUCUUUACUCUCUGGCUUAGUGGCUUUGCCUCCCGAAGAAGUCGACCUUCGGAGACGGAUCUUUUGGGUUCUCUAUUGCAAAGAUAAGCUGGCUGCCUGCUUCGGCGAGGCCGCCCUCAAGUUCCACGCCUACAACCAAGCUGUUCGAGUGGGCGAGACAAUUCACCCUUCCGGCCAAGGUGGCUGGGACCAGGAAAUCUCCGAAAUCCCCGCUGACAUUGACGCGCAGACCGACCAGGCCUUCGCCAACGGCGACCUGCAGCUGCGGAGCGCCGGGGGCAAAGGGUGGUCAUAG